AUGGGUUCCUCUUUCAAGUCCAACGCUAUGGCGCUGACGACGGUGCAUGGCGAGGGCGACCCAAAACUUCUUCCUCAAGCAAUCGUCAGAAACAUUCUCAAACGACUUCCGGUGAAGUAUCUACUGCAAUUUCAAUGUGUGUGUAAGCAAUGGAAGAAUCUCAUCAAGGACCGUUCUUUCAUUGCUGAGCACCUCCACCACUCCACUCGUCACAAUCAUUCCCUUCUUUUCCAACGGAGUGGCGGAGACAAGGGUGUUCCUGUGGACUUAUGCUCUCUCGACUGCGAGAAGCAAUUCGAUGAAGUUCAGAACAUUCCUUUCGAUUCCUCGGUUCGUGUUAGGAUCGUCGGUUCCAGCAAUGGCUUGCUCUGCGUCGAACGUUCUAGUUAUCGAGUUCAUUCGCUUUUCUUGUGGAAUCCAGCUAUUAGAAAGAUUAAACAGGUGCACAGCAAUGUUUAUGAUUUUGAGGGUAGUAUCUAUGUAGGAUACGGGUUCAGUCCAAUAGUUAAGGAUUACAAGAUAUUGAGAGCUUAUUUUACUGAAGAUGAAUAUGAAGAUGAGGUUGAGGUUAAUCGAGAGGAGGUUUAUUCGCUGAGCACAGAGAGAUGGAGGAAAAUAAAAUUUGGGAACUUGAAGGGUGUAAAUCUUAAUUCGGAAGCUGUUACUGCUAAUGGAGCUGUGUUUUGGCUUGGGUCAAAGUUAGGUGAGGAGGAGGAUUUGGUAGUUUCAUUUGACAUGGCAAUGGAAACCUUUACAUUGAUACCCAUGCCUGCCUUGGAUAGAAGUCAUAAGUAUACAGGCCAUAAGCUUACUGUAUAUGAGAACAAAAUUGCUGUGAUUUCUCACUUUAUAGAGCCUGUAUCUUUUACCACUGAUUCUUGGUUGAUUGAUUUGUGGGUGAUGGAGGAAGGUAUUGGUGCGCCUCAGAAGAGAUGGAGUUGGACUAAGAAGUAUUCUUUAAUCAACUUUACAGGCUCGGAGCAUCCUUAG